AUGUUUUCUAUCACAUUAGGCGCGAGGGCAGAGCAGAACCCGUUCUCUACGGAGCUAGCAGCCAUAGCACAUGUGUUGAAAAUGAUAGUGGGAAUCAAGGACUACAGGAUUACGUUGCUCACAAGCAACAAAGCGGCGGUGCUCACGCUAAGGAACCCCCGACGACCGUCUGGCCAGGAGUUUAUCCCUACUACCGAUGACAACAAGCUGUUAGGUCUGGCUAAAGAACAGGCCAGAACUGCAACACAAGAAGAUGCUCUCCCAUAA